GAAGACCACGACUCUCUCCUCCUCCUCCGAACUAUAUUAACUGUCUGGUCCUCUGAUCGUGUUGCAGAUUUUGCACCACACAUAUGGCCGCCAUGUUUCUCCAGACUUUGGUCAGCCUCCUCCUCCUCUUCUUCCACAAAAAGCUUGCAGCCUCCGGCAGCGCAAACCAUGAAUUCAUCUUCAAUGGAUUCAGUGGAGCCAAUCUUACGCUCGACGGGGUGGCAUCCAUCACCUCCAGUGGUCUGCUGAGGAUCACCAACGCGACAACGCAGGUGAAGGGCCACGCCUUCCGUCCAUCCCCACUUCGUUUCAGAGAUCAAACUACUGGUAAAAUCUUCUCCUUCUCCACCACUUUCGUCUUCGGCUUCAUCCCAGAAUUCGCCAAUCUUAGCGGUCAUGGAGUCGUCUUCUUGAUUUCUCCCACCAAGGACUUCUCCGGAGCCUUAGGAAGUCAGUUCUUAGGCCUCUUCAACCAGAGCAACAAUGGGAACUCGAGCAAUCAUAUUCUUGGCAUCGAGCUUGACACAAUCUAUGACCCUGAAUUUCAGGAUAUUGAUGACAAUCAUGUCGGAAUCGACAUUAACAGCCUGACAUCUAACUCUUCCCACACCGCUGGUUAUUAUGCUGAUGACUCUGGUUUGUUCAAAGCUUUAAGCCUUAGAAAUGGUGAAGCCCUGCAAGUUUGGAUAGAUUACGAUGCCCAAGAGAUGAUGCUUAAUGUUACCCUAGCUUCAAUCCAAAUGGCCAAACCCCAAAAACCUCUUUUAUCCGCGAUCAUCGAUCUAUCAAGCGUGCUGACAGGUCCCAUGUAUGUUGGCUUCUCCUCAUCCACUGGUUCUCUCCUGACGUCUCAUUACAUUCUGGGUUGGAGCUUUAACAUGAAUGGAGUAGCUCAAGUUCUCAACUAUUCCCUACUGCCCUCUCUCCCUCGUGUGAGACCCAAGCGAGGAUCAAAGGCGUUGACCAUUUCACUGCCUCUAGCAUCUGCUGGACUAGUUCUAAUCGUCGCAGGAGUCGUGGCUUUCAUCGUAAGAUGGAGGAUAAAGUACGCAGAGGUCCUCGAGGACUGGGAGCUUCAGUACGGCCCUCAUCGGUACUCCUACAAAGACUUGUACGAAGCUACCAAGGGUUUCGAGGACGAAGAUUUGCUCGGAACAGGCGGAUUCGGAAAGGUCUACAAGGGGGUGCUACAGACUUCUAAAUCGGAGAUUGCGGUGAAGAGAGUAUCUCAUGAAUCAAGACAGGGCAUGAGGGAGUUUGUCGCUGAGAUAGUUAGCAUCGGUCGCCUCCGCCACCGCAACCUUGUUCAGUUGUUGGGCUAUUGCCGACGCAAAGGUGAGCUCCUGUUGGUGUAUGAAUACAUGCCCAAUGGCAGCCUGGACAAGUUUCUGUAUGGCCAAGACAAGCCUACUUUGGAUUGGGCGACACGGUUCCGGAUCAUCAACGGCGUGGCUUCAGGGCUUCUGUAUCUACACGAAGAUUGGGAGCAAGUCGUCAUCCACAGAGACAUCAAGGCGAGCAAUGUGCUGCUCGACCAUGAACUGACUGGAAGGUUGGGUGACUUCGGCCUAGCAAGAUUAUACGAUCAUGGGACUGUUCCCCUGACCACCCGUGUCGUGGGAACCAUGGGUUAUCUUGCUCCCGAGCUUGUUCGAACCGGCAAGGCGGCAACCAUCACCGACGUGUUUGCAUUCGGAAUCUUCCUCUUGGAGGUUGCUUGCGGAAGGAGGCCCGUGGACCCGACGGCGGACGAGGAGAAGCUUAUUCUGUCGGAAUGGGUGUUGAAGAAUUGGCAGAAGGGAUCGAUACUGGAGACGACGGAUCCAAGGCUCGGAGAAGCGUACGCGGUGGAGGAGGUGGAGCUGGUGUUGAAGCUUGGACUGUUGUGCUCGCAUCCACGGCCCACGGAAAGGCCGAGCAUGCGCCAAGUGGUGCGCUACUUGGAGGGCCAUGCACCGCUUCCCGAGCUGUCGCCCAUGUACCUCAGCUUCGGCUCUUUUGUGCAGCUUCGCAACGACGGUGUCGAUGGCCGUAUCAUGUCGAAUAAUUCGCCGGUGGCUACUACAUCGGUUCUCUCCGGAGGUCGUAUGGACCGGUCAAGUACGCGCUAUUUCGAACAUCUUCUGUGCAAUUUCAUACUGUUGACUAUUCAAAGCCAUGAAAAAUCAAUCUCUGAUGUACCUCAGUUUCUAAAUCUACGAUCGUUACUGAGAACUCGAUCCAAAUUUUGCAAGACUCGUAUGUCAGCGAUGUUUCUCAAGACUUUGCUCUUCCUGUUCCUCCUCCACCGAGCAGUUGCAGACUCUUGUGGUGGUAAUGAUGGGUUCACCUUCAAUGGAUUCCGUUGCCACAAUAUUGCUCCCGACGGGAUCGCGUCGAUCACCUCCGACGGGCUUCUCGUGGUCACCAACAAUACAAUCCAGUCGAUGGGCCACGCCUUCUACCGAACCCCACUUCGCUUCAGAGAUUCUCCUAAUGGUACCGUCUUCUCCUUCUCCACCACUUUUGUGUUUGCCUUCAUCUCAGAACUCGCGGACCUUGGCGGGGAUGGGAUGGCCUUCUUAGUUUCCCCCACCAAGAACUUAUCCCGAGCCUUAGGUAAUCAGUAUUUAGGCCUCUUCAAUUCAAGCAGCCGCGGUAACUCGACCAACCAUGUCCUUGCGAUCGAGCUUGACACAAUCGGUAACCCCGAAUUCCAAGAUAUCGAUGAUAACCAUGUCGGGAUCAAUAUCAACGACAUGAAAUCUAAUGAGUCCCGCACUGCUGGUUAUUAUCUGAAUGACACUGGUUCGAUCGAAAAUCUAAGCCUCAGUAGCGGCCAAACCAUGCAAGUUUGGGUAGACUAUGAUAGCCAUGAGAUGCUACUUAACGUGACCUUAGCUUCAAUCCCAAUGGCCAAACCCCAUAGACCUCUCUUAUCUGCGGUCGUCAAUCUUUCAAGCGUGUUGUUGGAAACGAUGUAUGUUGGAUUCUCCUCCUCCACUGGUCCUUGGCUAACAUCUCAUUACGUCCUUGGUUGGAGUUUUAAGAUGAAUGGCGUAGCCCAAGCUCUCGACUUCUCCCUGCUGCCUUCUCUUCCUCGUGCGAAAUCAAAUCACAAGUUAAAGGUUUUGCUCAUCGGGCUGCCCCUGGCGUCGGCUGGACUUGCUGUGAUCAUCGUGCCCAUAGUGAGGUGGAGGAUCAAGCAUGCAGAAGUGCUCGAGGAUUGGGAGCUUGAGUAUGGGCCUCAUCGGUUCUCCUACAGAGAUCUGUUCGUCGCUACGAAGGGUUUUAAAGAUAAGGAGCUGCUCGGAAUAGGCGGAUUCGGAAAGGUCUACAAGGGGGCCCUACAGACUUCUAAAUCAGAGAUUGCGGUGAAGAGAGUGUCUCAUGAAUCAAGUCAGGGCAUGAGGGAGUUCAUAGCAGAGAUCGUCAGCCUCGGCCGCCUCCGCCACCGCAACCUUGUUCAGUUGUUGGGCUAUUGCCGGCGCAAAGGGGAGCUGCUGUUGGUGUAUGAUUACAUGCCCAAUGGCAGCCUGGACAAGUUUCUGUAUGGCCAAGACAAGCCUACUCUGGAUUGGGCGACGCGCUUCCGGAUCAUCAAAGGCGUGGCAUCAGGGCUUCUGUAUCUACAUGAGGACUGGGAGCAAGUCGUCAUCCACAGAGACAUCAAGGCGAGCAACGUGCUGCUCGACCAUGAACUGAACGGAAAGUUGGGUGACUUUGGCCUGGCAAGGUUAUAUGAUCAUGGAACCGAUCCACACACCACCCGCAUCGUCGGAACCAUGGGUUAUCUUGCUCCCGAGCUUGUUCGAACAGGCAAGGCGACCACCAUCACCGACGUGUUUGCGUUCGGGGUCUUCCUCUUGGAGGUUGCUUGCGGGAGGCGGCCGGUGGACUCGGUCGCGUCCGGGGAGGAGCUGAUUUUGUUGGAUUGGGUGGUGGAGAAUUGGCGGCAGGGAUCGAUACUUGCGACGAGGGAUCCGAGGCUGGGACAAGAGUACGUAGUGGAGGAGAUGGAGCUGGUUCUGAAGCUUGGAUUUCUGUGCACGCAUCCUUUGCCGGCAGGCAGGCCGAGCAUGCGGCAAGUGGUGGAGUAUUUGGAGGGGGAGGCAGCACUUUCGGAAUUGUCUCCCACCUACCUCAGUUUCAGCGUUCUGGCGAUGCUUAACAAUGAAGGCUUCGAUGAUUACAUCAUGUCGUAUCCUUCGUCGGGAGCCCCUUCAUCCGCCAUUUCUGAAGCUCGGUGAGAUCAUGCGGUAGCUCACCAUGUCACUCGCGCUAUCUAUCUUUCCUUCCGGUCUUAAAGAUUUAGCCUUUGUUUUUUUCACUUGAAAGGAAGUGAUUUUUUUUUACGUGUUUUCAUUGCAUUUUACAAUCACGAGAUCGAACAAAACUGAAAUUGUCGAUCCUGCAAAGAUGGCAAGGAAGG